AUGGAGCUGAAAUCUUUCUCUUACAAUUCUUCUAUGUCCACAUUUGAGAUUCAAAAAUUUUCUACCACUUUGUUCUCCAAUUUUAGACAGAAACUUGGAGUUAGAUACUCUAACCAAUUCAACUGCAGCAGAGGGUUGUUUCUCAAGAGUUAUAGUGCUUCAGAUGAGGCUUAUGUUGCAGCUGUAACAACAAGUUUUGAUAGUGUUGAUGGAGUAAAUGGCUCAACUGAAAGAUUGUAUUAUAGAAAUCUUAUACUUGAUGCUUUUGAUGAUGAGUAUGGAGGGGUUGUCAUUGAUCCAAAUAGGUUACCACAAAAUUCAUAUGCUUUUGCGUCUAUGCUUUGUUUGUCUCUUUCUCAUUGGAGAAAAUUGGGAAAGAAAGGGAUUUGGCUUAAGUUGCCUUUAGAGAAAUCUGAUCUUGUUCCAAUUGCUGUCAAGGAAGGAUUUGAAUACCAUCAUGCCGAGCCGGGUUAUGUGAUGUUAACUUACUGGAUUCCUGAUGGACCUUGCAUGCUUCCGGCAAAUGCUUCGCAUCAAGUUGGAAUUGGAGGAUUUGUCAUCAAUGAUAACAAUGAAGUACUUGUGGUGCAAGAGAAGCAUUGUUCUCCUGCAACUCUUGGCCUUUGGAAAAUACCAACUGGUUUCAUUCAUGAGGCAGAGGAGAUAUAUACUGGAGCUGUAAGAGAAGUGAAGGAAGAAACCGGGAUUGAUACAGAUUUUAUUGAAGUCAUAGCAUUCAGGCAUGUCCAUAAUGUGGCAUUUGAGAAAUCAGAUUUGUUCUUCAUCUGCAUGCUAAGACCACUGUCAUCUAGUAUCACUGUGGAUGAUCAUGAAAUUGAAGCAGCAAAAUGGAUGCCACUGGUUGAGUUUAUAGAGCAACCACUAAUACAAGAAGAUUCCAUGUUCAAGAAGAUUGUAGAUAUCUUCAUUGCACGUCUCGGGAAACGCUAUUGCGGCCUAUCAACUCACCAAGUAGUUUCCAAUUUUGAUGGCAAAAUUUCUUCUCUAUACUACAAUGUCAUUGACAAUGAUGAUGCAAACUGUGUUGGAAAAUAA